GUGACGGCGCGGAAGGAUCUCUGUGUGUGUGUCAGGUGUGGGCAGUGAUGCGGCUCUGCAGGGAUCACCUUGUAUCCCAGUAGCCGGUUGCUGUCAGUCGGGCGGCGGAGAGAGCACAGAGCACAACCUGCGGACCCAGCAUCCAGGUAAUCCUCAGUAUACCGCUAUGUGAGCCCAGCCCCGGCCAGUGUCGCUCACUGACACACACACAGCAUCAUGGAGCAUCCUGCAUGUCAUCACAGUCCUCCUCACUCUGCCAUCACAGUGACAGCCUGUAUUAUAACAGCCUGUAUCACUACCUCUGUAUUACAGCACUGUCUAACUGCCUCUGUAUUACAGCACUGGGAUAGCAGACUGUAUCCCUACCUCUGUAUUACAGCACUGGGAUAACAGACUGUAUCCCUACCUCUGUAUUACAGCACUGGGAUAACAGCAUGUAUCACUACCUCUGUAUUACAGCACUGGGAUAGCAGGCGGUAUCCCUACCUCUGUAUUACAGCACUGGGAUAGCAGGCGGUAUCCCUACCUCUGUAUUACAGCACUGGGAUAGCAGGCGGUAUCCCUACCUCUGUAUUACAGCACUGGGAUAGCAGACUGUAUCCCUACCUUUGUAUUACAGCACUGGGAUAACAGCAUGUAUCACUACCUCUGUAUUACAGCACUGGGAUAGCAGGCGGUAUCCCUACCUCUGUAUUACAGCACUGGGAUAGCAGGCGGUAUCCCUACCUCUGUAUUACAGCACUGGGAUAGCAGGCGGUAUCCCUACCUCUGUAUUACAGCACUGGGAUAACAGCCUGUAUCUCUGUAUUAUAACAGCCUGUGUUACAGCACUGGGAUAACAGCCUGUAUCUCUGUAUUAUAACAGCCUGUAUCCCUACCUCUGUAUUACAGCACUGGGAUAGCAGACUGUAUCUUUACCUCUGUAUUACAGCACUGGGUGACCUCACUAAUAGCAAGAUUAUUAUUAUUAUUAUUAUUAUUAUUAUUAUUAUUAUAUUUCAUCCUCUCUGGAGCUAAUGUCUGCACUAUCCGGUAUUCACAGAUAGAUGCACAAUGUUACUUACUUAUCCCUUUUAGUUGAAUUCCAGUAGUAAGGAUUAGCAUAUGUCUGACUCUGUGUGUAUGUAUUUCUAUGUGUGUGGUUAGUUCAGAUUAUUAUUUUUCAUGUAUUUAAAAUAAAAAUCAUCUAUUCUCAAACUUUGUUUUAUCUGUAGAAUUAUUGCAUUAAACAAGUUGCAGUUGAGCUCCCUGUUAGGUAGCUCUUUAAAAAUGGCUGCUCCCUGUAAUAUGCAGUAUCACUAGUUGCCAUGGGGAUUUAGCUGAUGAAUUGGGGGUGUGACCUGACAAGAUGUGUGGGUAUCUGCUGGUGUGUGUCCCUUCUGACCUUGGAGUUGUGUUGUAUUAAAAAUGUCUAUGUGCUGUGGAGAAUCUACUGAAAAGCUGACACACUUGCGGGAAUAAUUUGGAUUAGGUUUCCUCUUUACGGUUUUAGCAUAAUCUCUUACAAGGCUAAACUCUGGAUUUUUUUUUUUUUUUAUUCAUUAUUUAAAAAAAAAAGAAAUUCCCUUUUGGAUUUAAUUUGCAACGUUUAGUGAGCAAUCCUGUUAGUUAUUGGACUGCAGAAACGAUGAAUGUACUUCAAAUUUGGGUGAAAAUGGAGGUGUGUGUGUGUGUGUGUGUGUGUGUGUGUGUGUGUGUGUGUGUGUGUGUGUGUGUGUGUGUGUGUGUAUAUAUAUGUAUGUGUGUGUGUGUGUGUGUGUGUAUAUAUAUAUAUAUAUAUAUAUAUAUAUAUAUAUAUAUAUAUAUAGAUUUUUUGUUUAUAUAUAUAUAUAUAUAUAUAUAUAUAUAUAUAUAUAUAUAUAUAUAUAUAUAUAUAUAUAUAUAACAUAUUUUUUUUUUUAUUUUUUUUUUCAUUGUUUUGAACUAAAACCUUAAAUUUCUUGUUCGAUUCCAGCUUAGUGGGGGAAAACCCUUCCCUAGUCGUCUGGUAAAUGUAAAAAUAACUCUAAAAUACAGUUGCUAGUCAGAUAAUUCUAGAUAUUCUUCUCGCUCUGAAAUUAGCCAAGCUUUCAGAAUGUCUUUCAUUUAUCAAGUCAUAAUUUGCAUGUGUGGUUGGAAGAGAUUUGUAAUAUUUGCCAGGCCCUAGGCAACUGCAUGCAAUAGGUCACCUACUGCCGCAUCACUUCCUUUCCCAGUUCAAUGGAGACCUCUCCCAUAGAGGCUAAGGUGUUCUGCAAAAUUGCUUUUUGUCCUCUAUUAAAUCUCUUUUGAAGAAUGUAUCAGUGAGGCCAUUUUAAAACUGAACUAUGUGUUGCCGAGCUAAUACCAUAUGUAUUAAUUGGGUGAUUUUCUGAUGAGGUUAUGUGUGAUCUCCAAAGUAGACCUAUUCACAUCAAAUAUUAUAAGCAAAACAUCUGCCUUUUCACUAGACUUGACUGACAUUCUUGUAACAUUUCACUAUACAUGUGCUAGUAGAUAUGUCUGUUUGAAGCACUAUAAAGAAAUGAGCGAACUAGGAAAAAUCUAAUCUAUUUGCAUGACUAAUCUGUGAAGGAAGUGGUGUAGUGCAGUACACAUGGAUUACACAAAGGUUUUUGCAUUUUUCUUCGAGUUCUUUAUGAAUCAGACAAACCACAUUUCCAGCACUUGUAAAUCUGUAAAAUGUCACUGCUAAAGAACAGUUGCUUGGCUUUGGCUCCGUGACACACACCCCUAUAAAUCUAAUGAAAGAUUCAAGAACUCAUUUCUAAUUGAAGAAUUGUAUAGCUUGUAGGCAUGAUCAAAUCGAUAAAAACUUGUGAAACUGGUGUGUGUUUAUUAAACCCCAACAUGUGAGUAAGAAAUAUGUGCAUAUCUUCCCUUUGACCUCUUAACCAGAGGGAUUAUAUCUGUUCAUUACAAUACUAAUCUUACUGUUCAUCUUUAAUAUAAAGGGUUUUUUGUGGGGUGUCUCUUUAAACUUUGUCUGCGUUGUGUAAUAAUUAUUAGUCCAUGCCCCAACCACAAUCUGCAAGUUGUAACAUGUAUUGCGCAGUGUCUCAGAAGUGCAUGUUGUAAUGGCGUUUGAAUGUUAAUCCUACAUUUUAUUCAGCAAAUCAUCUAAUAUCUGUACGUUAUAUACUGCUUUGUAAGACAACUGCUGAAAACCUCUGUGCAGUGGAAAGUCAGCUGUUACUAUAGCAUCACUUGCAAAGUUAUUUUUAUAUUUAAAUCCCUGUUUGUCAAUCUGUAACGGGACCGCUAUGCACCAUAACUGCUACACUUUAUUUUAGUGGUUAUAGUGCAAUCUUUAUGGUUUAUGUUGAGCAAUUUUCAGACUUCAUGUCUGCCUUAUCAGUACAGAUCCACACACAUUUUGACUGCACUUCAGACUGUGUUCUCUUCACCCCAAACACUCCUCAUAUCUUUAUCUAUAGUUGGAUUAAUGGGGCAGAUAGUGGAAUAGCAGAAGUAGACUUUGGGUAAAAUUAAAGCCCCUUUUUUCAAUAAAAACUGGAGGGACCGCACCAGAAGGCUCUUCUCACCAUAACCACUGUAGCAUAUUGCAGUGGGGUAUGUGCAUAGUGCCCGUUUUAGUUAUAUCCCUUCUCUAAAGGAGCAAUAAAGUUGCUCCCAUGUGAUUACUUGCAAAGCUAAUUAUUUAACACACAGGCUCAUUGCACCAUGCAUAAUGCUAUGUGUAAGUCAAACUAGACCCAAAAUCUAAAUUUGCAUACUUGUUCUUCCAGUAUUUAAUUUGGGGAAAUGUUUUCUGAAUUAAAGGAUGCCUUUGUACCUGUGAAUACAGCUGUGUUCAUGUAAUGGGUAUGCUUGCUGCAGUGCCAUUCGUAAAUAGAAAUCCAUGGAAGAUUAAAGCCAGGAAUACUUUAAUGCGUUGGUGUCAAACUGUUUUGCCAUAGUUUACCCUCAUACCUGCGACAUGCAUCGGUCUUCUGCAAAGCUGGAUGGCAGUCUUGCUGGCUAUUCACUGGCAGAGAGCGUCAGCAGUUCUGUACAUUACGAUUUCACAGAAUUGCCAUUGACUAGAAUUCUGGACUGGGUGACACUACCGGCAACAGAGGUGCUAAUCUCCAUAUGUGCAGCUUUUUAAUAUUGAAACUCUACACAUACAGACUAUAUGGGAACCACAACCACUAAAAAUCACUGAAAUGGUAAAAAAAAAAUUGUUUCAAAUUUGCCAUUAGUCUCUUAAUGUUAUUUGUAUGAAACUGUAAAUUAGCCUGAAAAUUUUAAUCUAGAGAACUGCCUUGUCCAGACACUAGCAGUGUGUUUUUAUGCAAUCAUCUAACUUUAUUUUUGUAUUCCUGUGGCAUAUGGUAUCCUUAUGAGUUUGCAGCUCUUGAGGUUAAUGCAUUUUUUUUAUUUUUUUUUCUGUGAUAAAUUAAAGACCUCCUGGCAAUGAAUGGUGUUGGUUCAGGCCAUUUGUAAUGUCAUGUUGGUUGUGGAUAUCUAUAGAACUUCUAUAUUAAGCGUUCUGCAGAGGAUGCCCUCUGUCCUUUGCAAGGGUAUUUCAAGGACCUGGCUAAAAUCAGUGCUUAAGCUGCCCCAAUCUCUGUAAAUGGGUUAACAGCAUUGUAAUACAGCAACAGUACCAGUGUUUCUUAGUUUAUGGGUCAGUUUAUUGAUUAAUGCAGUAUUCUCUUCAUAUGCCAGAGUGAUGCUGCUUUUGCAUCUUAUUGUGUAGAUGUGGCACUGUAAUUGGUGUGUACACUAUAACCUAUUUGAUAGAAAUCUGCCUGGAAACUUGUGUGGAUAUUCUUUCUCUAAAAACUGAAUUGAAAACUUGCAGAAUCAUUCCUCCCAGCAUUAGGAUGGGGGAGGUUUAAAGGGGUGUGGUUGUGUCUCUUGAUUCUCAACCCAAAAAGGAUGAGGGCAUGUCAGCCUAGAGUGAAUGCACAUCCUGGUGACUAGUCAGCCCCACUGACACUUGCAGAGCUCCCAUAUUGAACACCCUCUGUGACUGACAUUUGCAUAGCAUGAGCGUGUCUAAUGGGAUUCUAACCGUGUGUUAUGUGGAAUUUGUUCUCCAGUAUCCCCUGAUACCGGACAUAAGUGCGCAAACCCAGGAUCAUGAGAUGACCUCGAACAUGGUCAACAAUAGCUUGACAAAAUAUUUUGCCUCUGUUUAAAUCCUGAAUUUAGCAGGGUUUCCCUCCCCCACUUAAACUUGCUGUUAAGUUAAUUAACCCAAUAGUCUGUUCCAAGAGAUAAAAGAAUGAAGUUUGUGGGAUCUGAAACGAACAAGGUCCCUUUUGGACCUACAGCAAGUAUCUGAAUAAUAAAGUGCCAGGGUAUAUCAGAUAGGCAGGCUCUAGGCAUGGCCUUGCUGUAGAAAUAAAAUGGCUAUCUGCUAAUAGCAGCAUGAUUUUGCUGUGUAUGUAUUUCUGUAGAUCAGAGCAUAAUUCUAAUUUUGUGUAUCAGUUAAUUAUAUUAUAGAAUGUGUUUUCAUGUAAAUGUCCUUCAUUUGUCUGUAAAGGUCUCAAAUCUAGCUAAAGCUAUAUAUAAACCCUGCUUUAUUGAUUAGUGCAGGAAAUGCAACAGCCAAAGAUUCAUCCUGAUCUCAGUGCUGACAUUCCCCCUUCGCCACUUACACAAUGCAGAGCAAGGUGACACUGGUUGCCUUUUGCCGAACCUGUCCACAUCUGAGUGGAUCCAUCAAAGAAUACAUUUUUGUUAAAGCCAGAUUCAUUUCUGGUCCUUGCUUCUUAGUCAGGGAGUUCCUGUGUUUGGUAAUCCGACAUGAGCUGAGUAAUAUCCUCUAUAAAACUGACUGGAAAGCAAAGGGUGGGGGCCACCCAGAUUUCUCUAACUAUGUAGCCGUAAAUGACUUGUGUAAAGCAGGGAAUUUACCCUGUCUGGUUUGGGUAUUCCAGAUCCCUUGGAUAUGCUGUUUUAAAACCAAAUUGUAUGUUUCCUUAGCCUAAGCCUUCCUGCGUCUUCCUAUUGGUGAAUACUUGUUAGGGUAUUCUAUUUAAAUUUUUAUUUGAUUUGAAGAUCUUUACAUUCUUGUAACUUAAUGCAUUUAAAUUGUCCUAACCGUUUUUAUUUUUUUUGACUGUUACAUCUGCACAGCUUAUCCUAGUUAUUUUUAGCUUGCUCCUCUCUUGCCUAGAGAUGGGGUUUUAAGGGUUUAACCCUUUGAAGAACUAAGUUAAGAAAAUUCCUUGUGACAGUGCUGAGAUGACUAUAGUCCUGAAGGAGUUAAUGUAAAUUCUUCCUGAAAAUUUGACAUUCUGGUACAUUAGUAAAACACAAAUUUGGAGGCACAUGUAAAAGAAGCAAAGAUUCUUCUCCCCCCUCCCCCCUCCCCCACUCUCCUGUUGUUGGUCCAGGCCUAAACCGAGCACAUGUAUCCUGUUAUCCUUUCAUAUAGUGGGUGUCCCAGUGAUGGGCUAGAUUGCAUGUGACGCAUUCUAAUUGAGUGUAAGCGCAGGAUGUGAUUCCAAUGGGUUUUCUCUUAUGUGAGAUGAAUAGGGUUUCAGGUCUAGAACGGUGUGGUUCUGUCUCACUGUAUCUGACAUGCUCGUGUUCAGCAGCACGUACAGUCUGGGGCUUACAGCAGAGGGAGGGGCCUCGUGGUGGCAUGUUAUUUGAAGGAGGAGGGCUGCACAGGAGAUGCUAGUAGGCUGAGCGGUCCAGGCCAGUGAGGAAGCAGGAGAGACAGUAUCAGGUACAGCUUGACAAUUACUGCACUGAAUAAACCUGUUUUAUUAUGUUCAGUCAGUGGGUUUUCUGGUAGUUACUGAUAAAAUACAUUGAUAUAAAUAUUUGGCUUUUUAUACUGAUACAUUGGGAUAUUUUUCCUUUUCUCUUUAGACCUGUUUAAGGUGUGUGGUUUUUUUUUGCAGCUGUAAUUUAAAUGUCCUAUAAACAUUGAAUUGAUGAAUGUGGGAGAAGUGUGAGAAAGUAUCUAAUUUCUUAGCGCUACUGUAUCAAGGCUUUUCAUGCUGUGUUUUGAAGGCGGAAGUGACUCCUCACCGUUCAUGUAAUCUUUUAGGUUCCUGUGUAAAGAUCACUGGGGUUUUCAUAGCAGAACUGAUUCAUGUUUCACAGUUAUUUCAUUGCUGUUUUGAGUAAUUCUUUUGAAUAUCAGAAAGGAAUGAAUUAAUCUGCUAAUGCCAGUGUUAAUUCCUUUCCUGUUCAAAAAAUGGUCAAUGGAAGGUUAACGAUAAAUGGGAAAUUGCCCCCCUUUUUAACUUUAGCAUUUUAACAAGCAUAUGUCACUUCUUACUAUAUAAAUGACAGGCUAGUAUUAGAACCCCAUCGCAUGGCACCUUGAUCUGGAUACACAUUGGGUAGCACUGUACACCUAAGUUUAAUAUCAUCCAGUGUCUUCGUGUCGUACCAUUGUGAUUGGCAUGCUCAGUGGUAAUUCCUGUAUCAUGCAUUACCAACUUUUUAAACUUAAAAUGCUAUUCUUUGCACAAUGGAAUAUAAUUACUUAAGUUUGUUUUGUUUUUUUGCAGUAAGUGAAGUUUUUUUUUUUUUUUAGUCACAAUGUCCAAGUCUCCAGUAUCCGAGGCGGGAAGCGCCUUCAUCCAGACACAGCAACUUCAUGCAGCCAUGGCAGACACCUUCCUGGAGCACAUGUGUCGUCUGGACAUAGACUCAGAGCCUAUUGUGGCACGCAACACUGGCAUCAUUUGCACUAUAGGUAGGUGGGGAGGGGGGUGGCUGUAGUAGAAGCAAAAACUCAUUUUCAUAUGUCUCCUAGAAAAUUGUAUGAUGUGUGUAGGACAAACCCAGAGGAUAAAUAUGUUUGGUCCCUUUCACAUGUUUUAUUUAAUGGGAGAUUGUUUGUUUGUUUACAUUGUGUGUGUGUGUGUGUGUGUGUGUGUAUACAUGCUUAUUUGGAACUCCAUACAUGAUUAUAGAACUCUUGCCCCACCAGGUCCAGCGUCUUGCCCUGUGGAAAUACUAAAGGAGAUGAUAAAAUCUGGAAUGAAUGUUGCCCGUCUCAACUUUUCACACGGAACACAUGAGGUAAGAUGUGGCCAGCAAUGGGGAGCAGAACCUCCUGCACUCAGAAGGUCACUACAGAAACCUUAUCUUCUCUCAGCAGCUGUCUGCUACAAAAAUAGUUUUCUCUGGCAGUGUUGGAACUCCUGUGUCUGCCCUUCUUAUUCAACAAAGCUAUAGUUGUGUGCGUUCUUUAGGUUGGCAUUAUAUCCUAUGAGGCUAAACCAAAAUAUAGAUUUCUUAAACCUGCCCUGCAUUCAAGCAAUAAAACUUUUUCUUCCACUGGGAGCAAUUCCCCAUGGUAGCAAAGAAAUUACCCAGGUGGCCAGUAGCAGAAUUUUAAUUUAAUAUAAAUUUAAGAAUAACUUUUUUGAAAAUGUAUACAAGACCUUUGAGUGCUUUCUACUUUGUAACUCCUAUCUAGAUAGAAUCUCCACAGGACUCGUACUUUCUUGAGAAUGCUUAAGUAAGGGUUUUUGAUUUGCCCUUCCUCAUUUUUAUUUUAACUUAUAACUCUGGUGGAUGUGCUGUACAACAAGAAUAACGUAUUCCAUCUCAUUCUGGUAAUGAGGUUUACAUUCUGCUGUGCUGGUGGUUUAUCCCUCCCAUCCACACAGUUCCGCCUAUCGACCAGAAUGAGGCAGCAUGGUGGAGGCGAAUUUAACUUAUUAGAAUUAAAUAUUAAAAAUAUAUUUCAUUGCAACAAAAGAAUGCUUGCCACCUCUAUCCAGUGGUUUUAUUGGAAUAAUAGUUGAAGUACAGGCUAAGUGCUGAUGUUAAUAGGACAGUGUUGGGGAAAUAAGCAGGAUAGUGCAUUUGAGACAGUCUUGAUGAGUGUGUAAUGGCUGACUAAGUUUUGUUUAGCAAUUUAACCCUUAAGGACACAUGACGUGUGACAUGUCAUGAUUCCUUUUUAUUCUUGAAGUUUGGUCCUUAAGGGGUUAAUGUAGGUUAUGGCCUAGAAACUUGUAUAAACUAGUCUUAUGAUUCCAUAAGUGAUCAUGGAAGAUGUCUCUACAAGCAUAACAAGUUCACUAACUAUACAAGCAAAAUGUAGUUAGAUUGUUAGGCCUCUACAACAAUUCCUGUAGACUUUAAUGGGGAUUUCUGUAGAUAAAUCAUAAAGUGUUUCUAACAGAUUGUGAUAAUAUGAAAAUAAUUCAAUUGCAUUACAUUUGAUAUGUGCGUGUUUGUUUGUUUUUGUGUGUUUUUUUUUUUUUUUUUUUUUUUUUUUUUAAGGGGAAAACCAAAACUCAAUAAUUUAGUUCAGGCCAACCCUUGAUGCUCCAGGCGUACACGUUCAGACAUCUGCAGAGGAUUGCCACAUGAGGACACGCGCAAUUCAGUCACUUAUGUGCCUGUGUGCAAAGCUAGGGAUUAAAUAGUACAUUGAGGCUUUGCCAGAAUAUCCAGUCCUAGAAUACAAUUUAAAGAGAUCUUUCCCAAAUUUUAUAUAUUUUUUUUUUUUUUCUUUUUGUUCGUAUAGAGGCUGUGCAGACCUGACAGUUCUGUUUUAACUCCGAAAAUAUAUCCAAUUUCCUUUUUAAACCCUUAAGGACAUGUGACAUGUCAUGAUUCCCUUUUAUUCCAGACGUUUGGUCCUAAAGGAGUUAUUAGAAAAUGGGAGUUGUAUCGCUUUGAGGGGAUUGAAAAUUUUGGGCAAAGUAUAGCAGCUAUGUGGCCUAAAUAUUUAAACUUCAUUGUCAUUUUAACAGGGUUUUUUUUUGGUUUUUUUUUUUUUGUGUGUGAAUUAUUCUGAAUGAAAACUUACAAUUUAGCCGCCAUGUUAAUUAAUUAAGCUGAAUAUCAGAGCCAUGCUUUUAAGUGUACAUUGAUGGACAUUACUUUAUGUCAAUGUGUUUAUUUCCCCUCUGUAUAAUUGUAAAGUGCAGUGGAAUAUGUUGGUGCUUUAUAAAUGGUACUAAUAGUACACCUCUAUUGUGGUUUUUUAUUUGGCAGUACCAUGCUGGCACCAUCAAAAAUGUGCGUGAAGCCACAGAGAGCUUUGCUUCCAACCCCAUACUCUACAGGCCUGUUGCAGUUGCCCUUGACACCAAGGGACCAGAAAUCCGAACCGGUCUUAUUAAGGGCGUAAGUAUCCACUACUGUCUUGUCAGAUUUUGACUUUCCCUUCUACCACCAUUCCUGAUUCGCCCCUGUGUCUAUCUUUUUAGAGUGGCACAGCAGAAGUGGAGCUGAAGAAAGGGGGAACCCUCAAGGUGACCCUGGAUGAUGCCUUCCAAGACAAAUGCGAUGAUAAUGUGCUGUGGGUAGACUACAAGAACCUCCCCAAGGUGGUGCAGGCUGGCAGCAAAAUCUAUAUAGAUGAUGGACUCAUUUCCCUGCUGGUUAAGGAAGUUGGUAAGUAAAUGUUUAUAUAAAUUAGUUGCUUGUUUUGAAAAACUCUAUACUGUCACUAUGAUCUUUGUUGCCAAAAUAAAGUCCUGCGCUCAAACACCCACUACUCUUGGGCGGUAGCAAUGACCAUAGUACACAGCCCUAAUACAUACAGUAAAAACCCAAAGAAGGUUACCUGCGCUCUUCCCAAAUCCCUAUGCCUAAUUAAAUGAAGGUUAUUUAGUUGCUCCAAUGGCCAUUGGGUUAAUAAGCAUGCAGAGGUGUAUACUCUCAUGGCCAUUGGAGUAACUAAAUAACCUCCAUUUGUUUAAAUAUGCAUAGGGAUUUGGGAAGAGCGCAGGUUUUGUUUGGUUUUUUUUUACGGUUUGUCACAACAGUACCAGAAUUACAAAAUUCCCAUCUAUGCAUCAGAACAAAAUAAAAUGGCAUGCUGACCACAGUCCAUUUUAAAUGUCUGUGUGUUAAACCCCAAUCUCUCUUGGCCUCCACACUGAAACUCUCUUCAAAACUUUAUCAAAAACUAGGUGUCCUGUACAGAAAUAAAUCCUACCUAAGCCCUACAGUUAGGAAACUGAUUGUACAUCAGAUCCUAAUGCCAGUCAUUGAAUAUGGUAAACCCACCUUCAUAAAGUUACCAUGUUUAAUGUUCCCCUGCUUUGUACUACAAUGUAAUUACAUGAUGCACCAUUGUGACAUGUUACAAUGCAUUUUUAUUUGGAUUUCCUCAUAGGAAAGCAUUAUACACUAGUUUCCUAUGGGGUUUUGGGUCAGGCUGGAUGUCCAGUGUUAGGUGACCUAAAGUCCCUCUAGAGCUAAUUAUUGCAGAACUGAAAGGUAUAUUGCAGUUUCUCAAUAACUGCAAUAAUCACUUUUUGUUGGGUGAAGGGACCUGAGACUGCACCCAGACAACAUCAAUGAGCUGAAGUGCUCUGGGUGCCUAGUGUCCCUUUUAAGAGCUUGUCUGGGAAGCUCCCACCUUACCGGAGUUACUGAAGAAUGCUGUACCCAUUUCCAAUCCACUACCAGCAGCAAAAAGUGGCUUGAUCCUGCUUUUCCUACAGAGCACCGCAAUUAUGGAAUAACCUCACGGUUACAAUCAAUCUUCCUCCAGUCUAAAAUUCAAGAGAUCUUAGAUCCUGGUCAACAGAUCUCCAUACUGAAUGCACUUGUAAUUGAUAUUUGUGUUCUAUAUUAAAUUUUUGUGUAUUUUCAGAUAGGUUUUUUUUUUUGUAACUUCAAUAUUGUAUCCUGUUUUAACAAUGGAAGGUUUGGGCCAAGGACAUGCUUAAAACAGAGAGAAAUCUGACUGUCCUUCCUGGUAAAAUAUUUUCUAAGAAGCUGGUCAUAUUGUAGUAGUCGUCGUAGGUCCAUUGAAUAAACGUCAGGUUAUCAAACAACGUAAUUGAUGUUUGUUUUACAACUUUCUCUGCUAGUUUAUGUUCACGACUGUGAUCAUUUCCUGAACCUUUUUAUUUUCCAUGUUAAUAAAACAUUAACAAUGCACCAGUGAUGUUCUAGUUUUACUAUACAUUACAUAAAUUGCUGUUGAGUGUCCCUAACCAAUAAACUUUAAUGCAGUAAAGUCGCGAUACCAGUCAUGACUGCUGCACAAUAUCCUUUUGUUUUUAUAUUCACAAUCAUCAAAUGUUCAAUAUAUCUCUUUAAACCAUAAAAUGAAUAUCUGCCAAUGCUUGUCAAUAAUCUACUCUAGGCAAAGACUACUGUUUGACAGAAGUGGAAAAUGGAGGGUCUCUCGGUAGCAAGAAGGGUGUGAACCUUCCUGGCGCAGCAGUGGAUCUGCCUGCUGUUUCUCCCAAAGACAUUGAAGACCUGCAAUUUGGUGUUGAGCAGGGUGUUGAUAUGGUAUUUGCCUCCUUCAUCCGCAAGGCAGCUGAUGUGCAUGCAGUAAGGAAAGUUCUGGGGGAGAAAGGAAAAAAUAUCAAGAUUAUCAGCAAGAUUGAAAACCAUGAAGGCGUGCGCAGGUUAGUUUUACCAUUCAUGAUAAGAGAACCAAUUCAUUACUCCAACAUAGUCAAACUACAAACGUGCCAAUUUCCGUUUUCACAUUUCUAACUUUCACCAUUUUAUUUACUGGGACCAAAAAAAACUGUUGGCAGGUGCACAUUACCUCCAUGACAUUCCGUUUGCAAAAGCAAACUGUUCUUAAUAUGGGGUAUUUGAAGUAUUAUCACUUAUUUUAAAUCUGAAUUUAGCCGAUAUCUAUCUAUAAACAAAUAUUAACUGCACUCACUGGCUGUAAUAAUAAAAUCUUAUUCUUUAUUGGAUUUGUUUUCAAAAUUAAUCCAACAAAGAAUUUUUGCAGCUAAUUUUUAUCUGGAUACGCUUGAGUCCUGGCUGGCACCCAGCAAUGUAGAAAAUUUCAGCUUGUGUGCAGGGACGAAAAAAUGUGCUCCCUCUCUUAGAACAAGCCAUUCACAGCACUGGUCUAGAAUGUGACCUACUUUUCAGACUAUUACUGGGCAGUCUCCUCAGUGAGGCUUCCAAUAAUAGGAAGUACUCUCCACGACCGGGAAAUGUAUUGAAUGGAGCACUAUCAGUCUGAAAAAUUGCAGUAUGCUGGUAAGACGUCUCCUAAAAGAUUCUUGUGGAGUAUAUAGAUUGAUGCAUUUAAAAAAAAAAAAUUUUUUUGCUUUGUUUCCUAAUGCUGUUUUUCUGCAAACAAAAUUUUUACAAAAACCAGCUGCCCCUGCACGCAAACAAUAUCCCUUUCUCAAUAUUGUAUCAUGGAAGAGCAAAUAUGCUAUUAGAAAUAUCAGCAUAAAAUAGAAGUUAAGACACACAACAACCUUUCUCUUAUGUAAAUUCGCUUUCAGAUUCCCACCCACCAUGGGUUGAGAAUUUGUUUGGUUUUGUCAAAAAUGAUCUCUGGUAUUCUAGUUAUAUAACCAGCUGUGCCAUUAUUUCUACCCCUAUAUCAGUGUAGGUUUUAGAGAAUAUUAGUGGAAGUAAAUGGUAAUGCAUGGGAUGGACAAGGCUGCACUGAAUAGGAAAUUGUCCACUUGCUGAACAUCAAGCGCAGACUACAUUGAUUGAGCUUUUAACUGAUGUUCCUUGACUGACAUCCUUUCAUUUUUCAUUACAGCUUUAUUAAAGGAUCCUAUAGUGCCAGGAAAAUAAAGCAGUCUUCCUGGCACUAUAGAGUUAAUGCGUGUCUCCCCCACGCACAUUAGACCUCCCUAUAGGAAAGCAUUAUUAAAUGCUUUCCUAUGGGGAAAAUCCUUUAAAGGCACACUGUAGGCACCCAGAUCACUUCAGCUCAUUGAAGUAGUCUGGGUGCUGUGACCCUUUUGCACUUAGUGCUGCAAUGUUUACAUUGCAGUUCUAAGUCUGUGGCUGUCUACCAGACGGCCACUGGGGGCGCUUCCGGAUUCCAAACUGACUUUUGGUCCGUUAUCUGACGCUGGAAGUCCUCACAGACCUCCAGCAUCAGAAUUUCCCCAAAGAAAAGCAUUGAAUAAUGCUUUCCUACGGGGCCAUCUAAUACGUGCGUACAUGGAAAUUGCCACGCAUUAGGUCUCUUCCCGUCCCCACCUGCCGGCUGAUGUCAGGUAAGGAGUGUGGGCGGAGCUUGACCCAGCGCCAAGGGAUAUCAGCACUGGAUUCAGGUUAGUGGCUGAAGGAGUUUUAACCCUGCAGGAGAGGGGCACUAUAGGAUCCCUUUAAGAAGUCAACCCUGCAGCAGCUGUAAGCCCCCACCUAAAUCCCUUUCAUUUCUCAGUAGUAUAGCAGGAAGGCAGCUGCCUUAUGGAAUCUUCCUUUGAUAAGACUAUAUUGGUCACCACUAUAACAUUUCAAUGUAGUAUUGUUCAACAAAGCUCUGGCUAAAGAGAGGGGGAACUAGCACAUAUUCCAAGGUUUUAUGUACAAGCCGAGACCUAAGCAUAAAUGUGUACUGCACAUUUAUUUAUUUUAAUCCAGUGUCAUCCAAGAUGGCAGGUCUGCAGUGAGGGGAGGAUAGCCAUUUACAUAAGAAAAUCAUAAGUGAUUACAUUAAAGGUACACUAUAGUUGCCAGAACAACUACAGCUUAUUGUAUUUGUUCUUUUGAGUAGAUUUGUUCAGAGAAAAUACUAGAGGCGCUUCCUGGUGGGACAAAGUGAGACAGACUGCACCCACUGGAAUUUGAUUAUGGCCUUGUAGUUUGGCAUGUAAAUUACAUGAGUUGACUCUAAAGGCGAUAUAAGGAUUGUUGUAUAGAAUUGAAGUACUCUCUCAGGAAUAUUUCAUGCCUUCCUCUUCUAUAGGUUUGAUGAGAUCCUUGAAGCCAGUGAUGGUAUCAUGGUAGCCCGUGGUGACCUUGGUAUUGAGAUCCCAGCAGAAAAGGUCUUCCUGGCCCAGAAGAUGAUGAUUGGCCGUUGCAAUCGCGCUGGCAAGCCUGUGAUCUGUGCCACACAGGUAAAUGCUGCUUUACGUGUCUGGGCAACACAUAAUGUUCCUAAAAUGUGUCAAAAAGGUCGAACCGAAGACAACACAAGACUUGCCUGGUAUUAGCUAUAUAGUACUACAAUAGCUGUGGCUUUUUUCUGGCAAUCCCUGUGCUCAGAGUUUGGUUGAGCAGGGACUUCAUAUUUGUCUUUAAGUUGACAUAAUUUUCUAAAUGGCUCUGGAUAAAUUCCAGCUCUAUCCCCUCCUCGCCCCUUUUUUUUUUUUUUCAUUUAAGACCUGAAUGGUUAAAGUAUAACAAACUUUACUCUUUAACACACAGAUGCUGGAGAGCAUGAUCAAAAAGCCACGUCCAACUCGUGCUGAGGGUAGUGAUGUAGCUAAUGCUGUGCUGGACGGUGCAGACUGUAUCAUGCUUUCUGGGGAAACAGCCAAGGGAGACUACCCACUGGAGGCUGUACGAAUGCAACAUAUGGUAAGUAGCCAAUCAGUGUGUGUGUGUGUGUGUGUGUGUAUAUGUGUGUAAACGUAUGUGUUUGCAAUCUGUAAUAAAGUGUACUUCUCGCUGUAUAUGGAUACAGUAGUGUGUAUGUACAAGUAUUUGUAAUCCGUAAUAGUGUACUUUUUGCUAUAUAUGAAUACUGUAUUUUGUCUGUGUGGUGGAUGUACAAUGCUUGGUAACAUUGGAUUUAAAUGCGAGUCUGCAUGUGCAGAUGUCCUCUGCCGCUUGCCCUGCGCUUUUUGAUUCUGCCUGCCUAAUGCUUGCUGCUAUGAGAAGCGUAGCAAAAGAUCUUAGAUGCUGCUAAUAUCAGCGCUGGCAAAUGCAACUUUUUUUAUGUAUAUUUCCCCCCCCCCCGCUCCUCCAUCCCCACUUGUUUCUCUUUAUCCUACUAGAGGCUUUAGACUCCGGUCUGAUCUCACCAUGUGCUGAGGGGUAGGAGGCUGGGCCGGGCGCAAGAGAGGUCUGAAAUGGUGCUUGCUUGGCUCAUCCAGCCUGUGCCUGGUACUGGAAAUAUAUUAUGAUAGCUAGUGUGGGAGAAUGCUGACACAGACGGGAAAGUUGUACCAUUACUCUUGCAACAGUGCCCACAUACACCUGCUGUCCAUCUGUCAUAUGCAUUGUAUAUACAGUGGAAUGAGCCGAUUUCUCAAAUUAUGGAUACAAAUCUUUGUGACAGUAUUAAAUAUCCGUUUUUACAAACUAUUUUGGGGUUAUUUGCCAGAUUGAGCAAAACAAAGUUGGCAUAAACUCUUCAAACAUCUGGUUUAAAGUUUAGGUUUGGGGGUUAUUAUGCAACCAGGGAGAAAACCCAGGUGGACAUGGCUGUUUACUGAAGUGAGAAUGAGUUUAAGUCAUAAUAUCCAAGAUAUCCUUUAAUUUCAGCAACUCUGGACUUUUAUUUUAAAUUCACUUUGAAUUCUCACUCUUCUAAAUAAACUUGAUAGAACUUAACUGUACAAGUAAAUGUGCAUAACGACAAGUAGUCUUUAGUGAAGGUUUUUAUUACUUUUUUUUUUCACACGUCUAAACGCAGUGACUUUGAACCCUGAUAGGACUCUAAGCUCAGUAUGCAUACACGUAUGCUCUCAUUCUCCCUACACAUUUCUGUCACUUGACUAUUGAAAUGUUUCUGGUAUGCCACAUACAGUAUGUACAUGCUUGGGAGUGUAAACUCAUCAAUAUAGAAUAAAAACUCUAGACAUCACGAUGUAAAAACAGGUCUAUAGUUAGAAAGCUAUUUUAUCACUAGCAGACCUAUGUAAUAUCUUAUAACUUACAGAAUUAAAACAGUUAUUCUUUUCAUACCCUGUCUGGCCAAUGCCUAUCACCUGGGAUUUUACUGUUUCCUGGCAACAAUAUGAGAUUAUAUAACGAAUGUGUAGAUGAAGAGCCUAGAGAUGUUUGGUUCCACCCCCAGCCCAUGUUGCUAUGUAGUGACAAUCACAGUGAAGCCAUCUAUCUCUCCUAUGAUUACAGCAGUUACCUGACUAGCACAAUGUUCAAAUAAAACUAAUCAAGGAACAAAGUCCUUGCAUAUAGUUAUUGAACGUUCUUUCAGUGUAAUCCUUUUGUGACCUAGUUGUAGCGACUACAAAUGAGUCCAUAGACAGCCAUGCACAACACCCUGCAACUGUGAGUAUGCGCUUGUAUGCUUAAUACUGUCAUUUGAGGCAGCAGUAUUGCACCCUUCACAUAACGAGCGUGCUAAGGCAUCUGCUCAAAAAGGCAAUAGAUGCCUGGCAUAGUGGGGGUUAUCUUUGUAACUUUUAUUUAUUUUUAUCCACCUUUACCCCAUUUUGUUUGAAGAAUUAGAUUACGAUUAAAUUUACUGGUGUUAUAAAUUGCAGCCACCUUACCCUUAAAUGACAUGGUGGUUUUACAUGAAUUUAUUUUUGAAAAUAGUUUUUUUGUUUUUUUUUUACUCUUCGCAGAAUAUUAAUCUUGAAACGCUGUGCAACAUACAGUUCAAUUUCUAGUUGUAAAAUGAGCUUCUCAGUAGUUUGGCUCUUGCUUGUUUUGUUGACCUUGUACUACGCAUCUACAAUGGUUGCAUGGACAAAGCUGCCAUAAGGUAACACUGCACCUUUUUCUAAAUCGGUGUAUGUAUCAAAAUGGUCUUAACCAAUGUUCACUUCCUUGCUCCAUCCUGUACCUUCUACCCAGUAAUUUAAACCUAGUAGCAGCAGAAUUUGAGGUGGAGUGCUAUAUUCAAAAAACAUAUGCUAAGAAAGUGAGCAAAAAUAAAGCAUGUCAUAUAUAUAUUUUUACGUGCGUUAUUUGUAGGUUCUCAUUUAGAGUGGUGGUGUUUUUAACACUUUAUUAAAUUUAAUACAGUGCUCUCCCUCCUUGCCCUUCUGCCUUGAGCUUGCUUGUGAGACGCUAUCGGUGCCCUCUGAAUAAGGAAUAGACAUCUGGUGGGUUUCAUUGGAAGCUCCGGGUGUCUCCAGCCUUUUCUGUGAUAAUUAUAAUAGAGGCACUUUCUUUGGUGUGGAUUUUCAGUCACCAGGCUGUUUUAAUUGUGUAAUGUCAUCCAUGAGGUUUCAUGUCCAGUCCUACGUGCUAAAUGAAAACGUGGGCAAUAAUUUUCCAUACAGAUGUACCUGGGAGAAAUUUAUAUAUAAAUCCAGCUCUGCCCUGUUCUACUUUUAACACUUUUGGAAAUGAGUGACAUCCGCCAUUAAUUGUGUAAUUGCAGAGCGUGGCUCUGGUUUGAACACAGUAGGUGUGUGAGAAUUCACCAGUUGGGAGUUCUUGGAGAACAUUGUUUAAAUUGAAACCUGGAGGAAUGCUCUCUAGCCCUGACUAAAGAACAGACCUUCUGAAGUUCUAGUGGCCUUACCCAACCUGCAGAAAUGUAAAUACAUAAAGUAGUAAAUGAUCUAGUUCCGGAGGCUUGUUUCAUUCAUUUCAACCUGAAACCAAUGAAAGAGGCACUCUAAGCCCCAUAACUAGUACAGCCUGUUGUAAUGGUUAUGGUGCAAGGAGUUCUCUGGCACUGACUGGAAAGGUUGACACUUGGAGUUAACUUCUGCCCAUCUUUGAGCUGACUUGACUAGGCAAGAGGGUCUGCAGACAAUAAAUUUGAAAGUUGGAAAAUUGAGAAGUUUUAAAAUAAAGGAAUGUGUCACUGUUCAAAAACUGCCUAAAAUUUAAGAGUGGGAUAGAAAGCGCCCUAGGCACCUAGCACCAUAGCCACUACAGUAAGUGGUAGUGGUUACGGUACUUAGAAUACUCUUUUUAAUGGGGCAAACCGUGAUGCUCUCCAUAACUUCCAGAGCCAUCGUGGCAACAAUUAUACAUUGUUCUGUUAAAUGCCAAUUGUUGAUCCUCCACUUUUAUCAGCCUGGUGAUUGCAGUUGAAUGCUUCUUAUAGUAUCCCUUUUGCUCCUCAUCACCUCGUUUUGUGUGACUCCACUCUCUAACUUAAACUUUCCAACUUUUUCUCACUAACCUGUGCAUCCUGAUUCAUGGUGCAGAGAAUCACUCUGCUUUAUUUCUUUCUUUGGUCUGUGUCCCUUUUCCUCCACCUGUUCCUUCUUUCCACCCCUCCGGCUCACAGAUUGCUCUGGAGGCCGAGGCUGCUGUUUUCCACCGCCAGCUCUUCGAGGAACUUUUCCGCCUCACCUCUAGUUCCACCCACCCUGCGGACGCGAUGGCUGUAGGCGCAGUGGAGGCCUCUUUUAAAUGCUUAGCAAAGGCGCUCAUAGUGCUGACAGAAUCUGGCAGGUAGGGCUGAGUCUGCAUACCUGCCCUCUCUAGCUUCUAACAUGCUGCGGCUUCUUUUGCCCACCCAUCCUUCCCACAGUGCCCUUAGCAGAGGGUCAAAAGCGUGAGAUUAUCGGUAUGAAUGGUUUCAGGUGACAUAGUGACUAUAAAGUACAGGAGUCUGACUGAUGUGAAUGUCUCCCAUCCCAUCCUUUUUUUCCCUUCACUCACACAUCCCCAUUCCCUGCAUUGGGCAUAUGCGGCACCCCCAUCCCACCACUGAUAGAUCGCUCGCGAGGCAGAGGCAGCCAUUUACCAUCGACAGCUGUUUGAGGAGCUGAGGCGUGUGUCCCCAUUGACCCGUGAUCCCACAGAAGCAACAGCUGUUGGAGCAGUGGAGGCAUCCUUCAAAUGCUCCAGCGGAGCCAUCAUCGUUCUCACAAAGUCUGGCAGGUAGGAGGAGAAUGUGAAAUGGAAAAUGUAUGUGCUGCAGCAGGUAAAUGGGUUAAUGCAAUGGUAGCAGGCUGGGGAAGGGUUAAUUUGAGGCAUUUCCUAACUUGGUUUUUUUUUUUUAAUUUUGGAUGGGGGGGGGUGUAGCUUGGUUUUACAGAGGGUAAGUUUAUGCUCUUAUUUCAGGUGACCUUUCUGUUAUGGAUGACUUGCUCUGUGACCUUUCCUUAGUACUAUUUUUAGAUUGGCUCAAGAGCUUUCUGUUACAGGGUCAUAGUGAAGAGACACUCUCCUAACAUCUCAUAGAUUCCUUUUAAAUCGCUGGCUCUGCUCUGACAUUUUACCUGUGACAUCUGAGGUUUCUCUCCCCAGAUCGGCUCACCUGGUAUCCCGGUAUCGUCCACGGGCUCCUAUUAUUGCAGUGACACGUAAUGGACAAACUGCCCGUCAGGCACAUCUGUACCGUGGGAUCUUCCCUGUGCUGUACAAGGAGCCAGUGAAUGAAGCCUGGGCUGAGGAUGUGGACCAGCGGGUAAACUUUGCCAUGGAAAUUGGUAAGACAUCCAAUGUAAUAGUAAUUGUGGCAAUACGGAGUGUUCCUUUUACAGAUUAUAAAAGAAUCGCUGUGCUCUUAAAUUGGCUUUCCAGUUUAAAGUUGGCCAUUUCUAGCUUUUUACUAAGGUUUUUAUUUUUUUAUUUUUAUUUUUUUGGUCCUUCUAAAAUCACUUGCAAAGUGUCUGAGAGGUAUCCCACAACUCACACAUAGUUAUUCACUAAAGAAUUGUCAGAAAUUAAAAGUUCUUUUCAAAUUUUAAAGGCUUAGCUCACAUGGAGAAUUUUUUCUGUUCAUCUUUUUGAAAUGAAACUUUAAAUUUUGCAUUAUUAAUAAUCUUACUUUGGUGAACUGAAUAAUGUGCACUGGGAAUUGUGGGAUGCAAUAAAAUCUGGGGUGUGGGGCAGCAGGGAGAAGAGAAUUUUUCUUUUUUCAUUAUGUAAAUUAGUCUGCAAAACUGUUGCUUGGUUUCUUAAUAGCUAGGUAUGAAACUUGUCUUCAUUUUGAAUCCAAUGUAAUACAAACCCUACAGGGUCAAAUCUGUAUAGCCCUUCUGCUACUUGCUUUUGACCCUUUUUUUUUUUUGACAUGUCAAUCCAGUAACAUCCAUCUGUUCAAUUGGCAAGGAUUAAAUACACACCUUUCCAGAACUUCAUCUGCUGGAGACAGCACUUUCAAACCUAAGCCACAUGAAUUACAUAAUUUUAUUGCCCUAGUUCGUGGCUACCAAUGCCACAAUCAGAAAUCCCUCUAAUACCGGACGGGUUCCCAAAUUACACAAGUAGAAUUUUAAGUUGUUAUAAAAGGGAAAAUGUGACUUGUUUGUAGAGCAGGAAUUGUCUUCCUCAAUUUAAUUGCACAGCUAGACUAUGGAAGGUGAAGGCUUAAAGGGACACUAUAGUCACUCAAAACACCUGUAGCUUAAAGGGACACUCCAGGCACCCAGACUACUUCUGCCCAUUGGAGUGGUCUGGAUGCCAACUCCCACUAACCUUAACUCUGCAAGUGUAAUUAGUUCUCACCAGCCGGUGGGCGGGAUCAGUCUCUCCCACCGGCCAACGUAAAGACUGGGAGGAGCGGUGGUGAGAAGAAACCACCGCCGAGGGACAUCGGCGGGGUCUCAGGUAAGUGACCUGAAGAGGUGUCCCCCCCCCCCCCCUUAAGCGAUGGGAGGGAGAGGGGACCUGCAGUGCCAGGAAAACCGUUUUCUUGGCACUGGAGUCUCCCCCAGUCCCCCCAGAAAAUAUUCCACUGGAAGAAAGUGCUGAAUGGUGUUAUAGCCCUUAUUCCCCCCAAAUAUCAGACAACACUUGAUGUUGGGACAAUGCAACCGACCCCCGCAGGGAUCUCCAUUGACAAAAUAUAGGCAGUUAUAUCACUUUGUUUAUGCAGCUCUAGUCAGACCUCCCCUGGCUGACCCUCAAACGGCAUCCUUAGCCUAUAAAAAUGUUUUCUUCCCUUAUUUAUUGCACAGUGUUUAAUUUUAGAAAUUAUUGUCUAUGGCGCGGUUAUUUGCCUUCUAGAUUCCACAACAGCCUGCUGCAUGUGAUUGCCGUUCAAUCGGCAAGAACAAGAGAUAAAAACUUGUGGUGUGUGUGUAUCCCCCCCCAAAAUAAAAUCUAAAUCUCUUUAGCUUGUUGAAGUGCUUUGUGUAAAGAUUGCCCUGUUCUUGUUUUAGCUCAUUUGAACUCUGCUCAAUAGGCAGCAAUUGCCUUACAAAGCCUUCUCAUUGAGUUGCAAUGGGAAGUCUGUGAUUGGACAGCUACAGAUAGUUCUUUACCUAGUUACAAAAUACAUAAUACAUGUUCUCACUUGGCUUAUAUCCUAAAUAGUGAUUUAUUUAUAGGGCCUUUUUUAAUGACUUUUAUCCCCUUGUGUUUUCUUUCUAGGUAAAGCCCGUGGUUUCUUCAAGAGUGGUGAUGUUGUGAUUGUGUUAACUGGAUGGCGGCCAGGCUCUGGUUUCACCAACACCAUGAGGGUAGUCCCAGUUCCUUAAUCUGGGUGCCUUCCAACAACACUUGCCCUCCCACUAAUUUCCCUGCACUUAAAACGGUUUUCACCUGAGAUGUAAACACUUGCGGUUCUGGUUGCCCACAGGAUGGGGAGAGGCAUUAUGUGUACAUAGCACUGCACUCCUGUGUCUUGCUGCUAUUCACACUCCAUUUAGUAGCCGGUUGUUUCUUACGUGCUGCUUGCUUCUUCAUGGGAAAACGUGUAGUGCUGUUAAUGCCCCUACUCAUCUCCUGUUAUCCUGUAGUACAAGGGUGUGUCCUGAGUGUGCAAUAAGCAUGUCCUAUGUAUCUUCUCUGGGCAGCUGUGUGGCUAGGGGAAAGCUCAUACCCUCUCUUGGCUUUCUCACAUUGUCCGUUGCACUGAGUUUAGUGUUAAAUAAAGUCCAUGCUAAAACAGUCUCUGUCUGCUUCAUAUCUGUCUCUGGUGUAUGUUUACUUUUCUUUACCAUUUCAAAAACAUUUUAUACCUC